AUGGUACGAUAAUAUUUUGCAGCAGUCAUUGAUAAACUGUUUGUAGAUUUAAAUGAGAAGAAUGGAUCACUAUUCAAGGAGGACCUGUCAUUACUUGAAAAUAGAACGAUUGCUGUUGACGCAGAUAUACUUUUGCGCAAAGCCAAAGCUAAUCCUCUUAAAAGUCUCUAGGAGGGACAUGCUGGCUUAGAUAUGACUUUACAAUAAUCACUCAUUGACAUCAUAUUAAAAUUCAAAUAGCAUAAAAUAGACCUCUUGAUUGUACUCGAUGGACUCAAGCCAAAGUAUCUAUGUGAUGAGGAAAAGGUUUUGAGAAAAUCUCAGAUGAUUUGGGAUACUGUGUAAAACAAUACAGAUCAAACAUCACUUAACAGAGAGUUAAAGGACAAUAUUCUCUCUUAGUAUGGUGUUAAUGCAGCAUAGAUCACUCAGACUCAAUUCUUUGUAGCACCAUAUCUUAGCUCUCCAUAAAUAGUUUAUUUUCAUUAAGAGGAAUUGGUACAUGCCUGUGCAGGGUCUUCAAAAAUUUUACUAUAUGACUGUGAGCAAGUCAUAGUAGACUUUGAUUUUGAAAAAAAGACAUUUUCAUAUAUCGAUAAAAUCGUAAGCAAUCACUUUCGAAAUGACUUUAUUCAGGAAAUGUUUAAAACAUUAGACAUUCACGUGAAAGAGCAUACUAUUCAAACCUACUAUCUAAUUGAUCUUUUCAUCUUAUGCGUAAAUUUACAUUAUAGCUUCAAUUAUAUAAAGGGUGCAAUCUAUAACAAAAAGAUUACUACAUUCAGCAAGUGUAAGAUCUCUGAAAUCAUCAAGUAAAUGAAUGAGGUUGAGAAAAACAGGGAUCCUAAUUCAAGUAAUGGCAAACCAACUGCCUAAAUUCUAAUUGAAAGCGAAGCCAAAUUUGAACAAAAGUUGCAUAAUAUAGAACUACUUAAAGUGCUAAGAUCCUUCUUAAUAGAUGCCCCGCCUAUACUUAAUAUGUAGCUAGAGCUAGUUAAUCUAAGGAGAAAUAGUAAAAACGAUUUUAUUUUCUCUGAUUUUCAAGUUUAUAUGGGUAACAUUAGCUGUCAAAUAAUUAUCAAUAUAGGUCCAAGAUUCAAUGAUGAAAUUUACUAUUAUAUGUCUAGAGGACUCAUUGAGCCAUCAAUCCUUGAAACUAUCAUCAAUAAACAAAUAUUACCUACAAUACUGCUAGCUCCAAAUCUUAGCUUUGUCGAAGCCUGGGAAAGCAAUGAUUUUAAGGGCUUCUAUCAAUAAAUCUUUUAAAAUUUACAAGAAGAUUCAGAAGAAGAAAAAAAAUUUUUAAAUGAUGAUAGGCAAUCUAUGCUGAGGCAGUUUUACGAUUCGUUUAAAUAUGUGAAGGAGGAAAGAUAUCACUUUAAAUGGAAUCUAUAAGAGGCAGAUAUUUAAAAGGAAUUGGAGAGAUAAGAUUAUGUUAAUGAAGGAUAGAAUCAGGUCUCAUUCACUUUUGCAAUGAAAUGGUUUGAUUAUGAUAUAGUGAGAAUGCAAAACAAAAAGUCAAGUUUACUUAAGUACAUUGCAACUGAAGAGGAAAUAUCAAUUAAUUAAAUGGAAAAAGUAAAAACUUAAAAUGAAAUACAGGUAAUGACCUACUUACACUUCUUAGAGUAGAGAGGUUACUUAGGAAUGAACAAGGAGUAUCUUUAUGGAAGAAAAUUAAAGCAGGCCACUAACGAGGAUGAAUAAGCAGUGUUAUUGUUCCUUGAAAUGCUUAAGAUAUUCUAUCCAGCUGGCCUAGAGAUACCAGCUAUUGAGUAGCACUAAGAGUUCUAAUCUAAAUGGAAUCUACUGAGAGAUAAGCAGAUAUCAGAAUCUGAUAAAUGCUCUAUUUUGCUAAUCACAAGAAUAUUUACAUUGAUGCCAAUGACUUCAAAUGCAAUUAACUAGGGUAAAGAGUUUGAGCUGAGAGAUCAUAAUCAACUAGAUUUCGAUCUAAGCAUGUUUGGCACCUAUCUUAGAAAGAUAAAAUUCUUAAUGAAAGGAAUGUUCCAAAGUCUGAUGUAUAGAUUGUACAGAUCUAACAGAGGAGACAUAAACUAAUUUGGUUAGACACUUAAGAUGUAGGCUUUUAAUAAAGAAAACAAUCAUCUGUUUGGGUACAUUUUCAAAACUGCCCUAGCAACACUUCAUGAAUAAAGCUAGUUACCCAAAGAUCAUUGGUAGCAAUUUGAAAGUUUUGUAACUUUCAGUGAGAUAAAUGAAAAUCUUCAUAAAGCCUGCGACCUCUGGAAGAUAAUAUACUAGCUCGUCGAUUAACUCAUUAAAGAAGAUAAAGUAUCAGAAGCCCUUAAAAAUCAAUUUGAAAACGCUCAUAACUAUUUAUUAUAAAAGCUAGAGCAAAUGGGCUACUAUGAAAUUGCAGCAGAACUUAAAUCAGAUGAAACCUUGAAAAUUAGCAGCAACAAUAAUCUUCUUCAGUCACUGCUCUCCGAAAGUAUAUGA